AUGGAAAUGCAUCUCUUCGACUACACGGAGCCAGGGAAUUUCUCCGACCUCAGCUGGCCAUGCAACAGCAGCGACUGCAUCAGUGUCGACACGGUGAUGUGCCCCAACGUGCCCAACAAGCGCGUGCUCCUCUACAUGCUGUCCUUCAUCUACAUCUUCAUCUUUGUCAUCGGCAUGGUUGCCAACUCCGUGGUAGUCUGGGUGAACAUCCAGGCCAAAACCACGGGCUUCGACACCCACUGCUACAUCCUCAACCUGGCCAUCGCUGACCUGUGGGUGGUCCUCACCAUUCCCGUCUGGGUGGUCAGCCUACUGCAGCAUAACCAGUGGCCCAUGGGUGAGCUCACCUGUAAGGUCACGCACCUCAUCUUCUCCAUCAACCUGUUCGGCAGCAUCUUCUUCUUGACAUGCAUGAGUGUGGACCGUUAUCUCUCCAUCACCUACUUCACCAACACCUCCAGCAGCAAGAAGAAGAUGGUACGUCGCAUUGUCUGUGUCCUGGUAUGGCUGCUGGCCUUCUGUGUGUCCCUGCCUGAUACCUACUACCUGAAGACCGUCACGUCGGCUGCCAACAAUGAGACCUACUGCCGCUCCGUGUACCCGGAGCACAGCAUCAAGGAAUGGCUCAUCGGCAUGGAGCUGAUGUCUGUGGUGCUGGGCUUUGCCAUUCCUUUCUUCAUCAUCGCUGUCUUCUACUUCCUCCUCGCCAGGGCUAUCUCAGCAUCGGGUGACCCUGAAAAACACAGCAACCGGAAGAUCAUCUUCUCCUACGUGGUGGUCUUCCUCGUCUGCUGGCUCCCCUACCAUGCCGUGGUGCUGAUUGACAUCUUCUCCAUCGUCCAUUACAUUCCGUUCACCUGUCAGCUGGAGAACUUCCUCUUCACAGCCCUGCAUGUCACCCAGUGUCUGUCCCUGGUACACUGCUGUGUUAACCCUGUGCUCUACAGCUUCAUCAACCGCAACUACAGGUACGAGCUCAUGAAGGCAUUCAUCUUCAAGUACUCGGCCAAAACCGGCCUCACCAAGCUCAUCAGUGCCUCCAGGGCAUCCGAGACUGAAUACUCUGCUUUGGAACAGAACACCAAGUGA